CUGCUCUCCAUCUCUCUCAGUCAUCCUCUGCCGCCGUGGAGCUCAGCCCACGACGCUGGAUGGGAAAAAAAAGAAGGAAAUUUUCCUCUUUGCUUUCAGCCAAUGCGCAUGAUCUUGGAUGAGAGAGAAGUGAAGAUCCAGGCCCAUCCUGUAAAUGAACCUGAGAAGACUCGAGGAACGUCCAAGACAAACACAACGGUAGGAAGAUCUCCUCUAGGAAAAUUCCUAUAAAGGAUACGCAUCAUCAGCUGUGGAGUCACAGAACACAAUAAAACAAACAGAUCUCACAGAAAGGUUGAGUCAAAAGCAAACAGUAAACCAUGAAGAUGAGCUGUAUCCCUUCAACCCGCAGUCCAACAUCUUCUGACAUAACAUGGGGCUGCUGCUAAUCGUGAUGAUGCUGAGACUGGCACUGUGAAGACUUCCCUAAAGAUUUUUUUUAGCACCCAACCAGACCCAUCUCUCCUUUGGAUUAUUUUCCCCCUCUGAACCCCCGUCUUUUUCCCUCCUUUUGCAAACACCGUCUCCUACGUCUUUGUCGUGAUUAAAGCGUCCACUUUGUGUCACUUAUUUUCAAUAACAUCAUGCAGGGAGCUUCUACAGCCUCAAUUCUCCUCCCUCUCAUUCUCCCCUCCCUACUAUUCUUCUCCUGUUUCCCCGACACAGCCAACGGAGACUGUUGGCUUAUUGAAGGAGACAAAGGCUAUGUAUGGCUCGCUAUAUGCAGCCAGAACCAGCCUCCCUAUGAGACGAUCCCCCAGCACAUUAACAACACCGUCCAAGACUUGAGACUAAAUGAGAACAAGCUCAAAGCGGUGCUUUUCAGCAACAUGUACCGCUUCACGAACCUGACCGACCUGAACCUCACCAAGAAUGAGAUCAGCUAUGUUGAAGAUGGGGCCUUUGCAGGACAAGCCUAUCUGCAGGUUCUUCAGCUGGGUUACAACAAGUUGACUAACUUAACUGAAGGUAUGAUGAGAGGGCUUGGGCGCCUGCAGUGCCUCUUCCUGCAGCACAAUCUAAUUGAAGUUAUUGCCAGCAAUGCAUUCUGGGAAUGCCCCAGCCUCAGCAGCAUUGACUUGUCAUCCAACAAACUUGCUCGUAUUGACCCGACAACAUUCACAGUUCUCAGUCAUCUGCAGGUGUGCGAACUGGCACCAAAUCCGUUCCAUUGUGGUUGUGAUCUUUAUGGCUUUCUGACCUGGUUAGAAUACUUCAACAACAUGUCACACACCUACGACCGCCUUCAGUGUGAAACACCUCGGGAAAUGUUUGGCUACCCCUUAUUAAGUCCUUUUGCUUCUAGCCACGGAGGUCGAAAUGCCAAAAACAUUUUGUACCAUCAUUGCCGAGAUGGUCGGAUGCAUCCAGGAAUGACGUCUCUCCCACCUGAUCUAGACGGUGCCUCUGGGAUUGGACCCGAUAUGUUUGCUGGUGUGGGGCCCUAUUACCACCAGCCCACCACCUCUUCCUCGUCUUCUGAUGAUGGCCUCAGUCCCAGCAUCAAGCUCCACCAAGUCUCGCUGUCAUCGGCCUCUCUCCUCGUAAAGAUCCCAAAGCCUUACAGCAAAAUGUACAUCCUAACACAAUAUAAUCAAACAUUUGUUUCAGACGUUAUGAAUUUGAAAAAUAAGAAGGAGAUGAUCACUCUGAGCAAGCUCAAGCCCAAUAACAAUUACACCUUCUGCGUGGCCUCCAUUCGUAACUCCCAGCGCUAUAACCACACCUGUCUCCAGUUUUCCACGAGGACUCAAAACCAGGAUGAUAUGCUCCCCACACCUUCAACAACCACACACUACAUAAUGACCAUUGUGGGCUGCCUUUUUGGCAUGCUCAUUAUUUUAGGAAUUGUCUACUAUUGCUUACGUAAGAAGAGGAUGCAUGAUGAGAAGAAGAAGUCUAUCUGUGUCAAAAAAACUAUACUAGAAAUGCGAUAUGGGCCAGAGGUGGCAGCAGCUGUAGCAAACGAUCCAUCGGCCGUACAUAAGCUUCAGGAGCAGUCCAGAGAACAUCACCAGUACCAGCACCACCAUGGAGGUAAACUGUCCACUUCAUCAAGCUCUGGCAUGCUUCAUUCAGCCAACACCACCUCUUCAAGACUCUCUUCUAUCCCUCAAGUGGAAAAGAUGGCCAGUGCUUUCUCUGAAGCCAUGGCUACAAGUAAAGGAAACUAUAUAGAUGUGAGAACUGGUGGAGCAGGGAUGGAAAGAAUGGGGGAUGGUGGGUUUGGAGUGAGGAGGGGGGAGGAACUGAGAGACGAUGAUGGAACGGAUCUUGGGGAAGACUCUGAUGAUGAUGGACGUGGAUCUGCCUCAGAGAUCUCCACUAUUGCUAUGGAGGUGGACAAAGUUAACCAGAUCAUUAACAAUUGUAUAGAUGCGCUGAAGCUGGAUGCAGCAGCAGUUGCUGCCUCUGGUGCUUCGACUAAUUCCACAGCUUCCUCUAAUCCCACAUCCCCACCACCCACCAGCACAUCCUCUCUCACUCGUGGUCUAAUCCCUCUCUCCCCGGGGGUGACAGAAGCAUGUAAGGCUAUUGCUCCCAACAAAAUACCCCCUCCUCCGCCACUCCCUGCAUUAAAUACCCCGUUGUCUGAGCGCCCAGGGAUCAGCGGUGGUGGUUUUGUUGUUUCUCCACCCUACAGGCACCCUCCUCCAGCCACUGCUACCCGCCCCAUUCAGCGACAAAUGAGCGCAGAUGCAGCUGUUGUGAUGGCAAAUGCUGUCAAGAAGCAAAGCAGCACCACAUCUUGUGGCUCCAUGGGUCGAGACAGGGACCGAGGGGCAGCUAGAGUUUAUAGCUUGGAUGUCCCUGAGCCGAGGAGUCCAGAUGGAUGCAACCAGCAACUGCCACAUUUUCCAGACCAAGCCAGUCCCGUGGGUUGUGGGGAGCCUCUGGAGAGGCUGCCUUUAGUGGGGAGUGGGAGCUGUGGUGGAGGGGGUGGUGGUUGCGACAGUGGUGGUGUUGGUGUCCAACAUCAGGACAGCCAGAAGUCGCAUCACUACCAUCAACAACAACAAAUACAGCAGCAGCAGCAGCAGCUGGAGGUGCAGCAGGACUACCACUGCUCGGAACACCGCCACUCUGUCCCAGCUCUGUACUACCAAGGGUCCCACCAAGGCUCCCCAGCCCAACGAGUAUCUUUUCUAAAACCUCUGACACGCUCCCGCAAGGACGCGGCAUCCUAUUCCCAGCUUUCCCCUGCCCGUCACCACUCCAGUUACUCUGGGUACUCCUCUAGUCCAGAGUACUCCUCAGAAAGUUCCCUGCGGAUCUGGGAGCGUUUUCGUCCGUACCGAAAAGGCCCGCGAGACGAGUCCUGUUAUGUGACGGCUGGUAACGCUCUUCGAAAGAAGGUGCAGUUUGCUAAGGGCGAGGACCUACAUGACAUCCUUGAUUAUUGGAAGGGUGUAUCUGCUCAGCAGAAGCUGUGACUGGAGACCAGAUUUGAGCAGUGAAUGGAAAAAGAGUUUUGGUACUUCAUUUCCCGAUCGGCCCACGGGCCAGAGAAAUUAUUUGAAGUAUAUGGAGAGGGAAAAUGUAGGUCAAAUUUUGCCUUUGGGGAUUUUUUUCCUUCUUACUUUUGGCAUGCUAGGUGUAUAGAAUAUUGUACUUAAAGCAAGAACUCUGAAACUGUGCCUGGGAUCGGAGAGUCAUCGGUAUUUUAUUUUACACUUCAUGGUAGCACUUCUUUUUCAUUUGUAUCUAGUGAUGUUUCAUUUAUUAAACAGGGAACAAAUGCCAAUUUUGUAAUUUAGAACUCUUUAACGUGAUCAUGUUUGUGGUCCAAUGAAUCUUUUUUUUAAUAUCAGUGCCAUGUUUUCAUCUCAAGCUUGAAGCUUGUGUUAUCUGAGGUGUUUCCCAUUGUGUGCUGGAUUCUACAUCUAUUUGCAGCUUCUUAAGGAAGGGCGAAAAUGACAGGAUGAAACCAGUGGCAGACGUUACUACUGACUACAGCUGACUGAUGUUCAGCUGUACCGCUUUCUCCUCUCUUAGACCGUUGUUGAGCUUUUUUUCUCCAUCUCCAAAGAAAUUUUUUUAAAUUUUUUUUAUGAAAUGCCAACAAACGAACAUUUAAAAAAAACAAGUCGUGUGACGAUUUAGGAUUUUAAAUGACGUGUGGACCUGUUUUGAAGCGAAAUAGAGAAUAAUUGAAACAUCCCUUAUGUGACACUUUCCUAAAGUUCUUUAUUAAAGAGCAAGUCACCCCUACCAGAGUAUUAUUCCACUCCCACUUCUUGUUUGAAAAAUGCAACAAAUGCUGUUGCCUAGCAGACCGAGAGGGCAGAGCCGCUAACAAAUACACACACACGCAGGCUCACAAUGACAUUGUGACAUCAUAUGGUACCAGCUAACGUUCAAGGGUGCCUCUUAGCCAAUAGCGAUGACAGAUUUAAAUUCAAAUGCAGUGCAGAAUUUUUACCUGGCAAUGGCACAACACUGACAGUUUUAGGCGGAAAAUUUUGAUUUUAACUAAAAUGCACUAAAGUGCUAAACUAUUGACCACACAUGUCUGCAGCACGAUUAGACACACAUUUAUAUAGUUUAUCAGAAAAAAAAGUUGAUUUGGGGGUGACUUGCUCUUUAAGGUAAUUUAAUCGUGCAGUAUUUAAAUACUUCAAUGAGAUUACAUAAAUGCAAACUAUGUGCAACAUAGAUCAAAAGAGAGCAAAAGCAUGUGAACAAAAAGAGGAAAACAAAGAAAAAAAAAACCAAAAUUUUACAAAUAAUCGUAACUAAAGUGGAUGUAAGGUGGAUGCAAACUUUUCAUGAGGAGACCCGUUGUUAUUAUUUAAAAUGAGUACCGCGGUACAUUCCAAAUCCUUUCUCUAGCAUUAAAACUGAAUGAGACACGGUGGGGAAAGGAUGAUUUUAAUUACUGCCAGUGUGUCUGCUCGUCUCUGAAAAUCGAUGCCGUCAUUGUCUAUAAUUGAUAACUUAAUUAACCAACUUGUGACAGGCAUGCCCACUUGCACUUUAUGCCUCAUAAUUGUGUGUGUAACUGUUUGGUACACAGUGGUCCUUGUAAGCAGGUGUUGGCAUGCAAUGUCAGAUUAUCAUUGUAAAUGCCCAAACUGACAAAUUGAGUUAUUAUUUGUUGAUAUUUUUGCCCCGUGGCUGGUUGUCUAAGUCUGAACAAUAUUAGAUUAUUAAUGGCAUGUACAAAUGUACAGAUGUCAUCAUGUUUGUAUUUCUCUCACAGUCACUGAAUUGUGACAAUACUGUACACAGGUCUGGAGUGAUCUUGGUAAUACGGUCAUCAACAAAUGAAUUUUUUUGCAUAAGAACAUCAAGACUUUGUUUUAUUUAUUUAUUUUUUUUAUUUUUUAGAUUUGUUUUCUACUUGUUAUACUUGUGCAAAAACAAAGACAUCCAACCCUUGAAAUGUGAACAUUUGACUUGUGGCCAUGAUGUUUUUAACUUUAUCCUACAAACAUCCACGGGUCCAAUGGGAUAAAUAGCAGAUAAUGAAUUAUUGCAGGCAGGAUAUGUGUCUGUACAUCACAUAUCAACAUCAAUUUUGACUUAUUUCUUGGCUUUUGCUGUUAAUUUUUACAUUCUUACUCAAUCUUGUAGAAACUGCAAUUGAGCGGGAAAUAUGCAACAGUCUGUUUGUGUAUCUCAGCUUUGUUUGUUUUUUUAUUAUUAAUAUUGUUUGAACAUGUUUUCUCUUCUAUCUUGGUUCUAUAAAAAAUGUGGGAAUGCCUUCAGGGUCAAAGGUCACAUGUUUUAGAUUCUGUGUUCAGCCCCCUUUGUUGUGGUAGUACAAGAAUAGCUAGCUAGCAUCGUGUCCAUUUUCUUCUUAUACGUUAUAUGCUGAGUUCUUUGCUUCCUGCUGAUUUUCACGUUUCAAAGCAAACGUGUGAAUUUUCACCAAAUCUGAGAAAAUGAUUGAAUUAUUUCUAUAUUUUGCUGUUGGAGCAACAAAUCAGAAGAAACCUGGUGCAUUCGACCCAUCCUGGUCUCAACUGCCUUUAAGAGUUUACAGAAAUAAACGUUUAGGGUCAUUUUAUUAAAAAACCUUCAAAGUUGGGCCACUCAUGUUUAUCUACCUUACAAAGAAGUGCAGAAAAUACCAUUGUCAUAGAUGACUUCAUCACCCAUAUUUCUAUUUUUAAAACCAUAGUUUACCCAUCAAUGUGUUUUUUUCAGGAAAAAAGACUUCCAGGUGAAAGAUGUUCAACUGCUCUUCUGCUCAGAUUGUAUUUCUAAUAUCUUUUCCCAUAUUACAAAAUUAAUUGAGAGCAUUUUAAAUGUUUAAAUAUGGUAAUGCAUUGUCACUGCUAUAUGUUUUUCUGGGUAUGCGUCUUUAAAGUCCUUUCACCUUUUUCGCUUAGCUGAAAUUUGGCCUUUUGAGGUAGAAAAUGUUGUUUUGAAUCAUUUAGACAAGCCUCUUCUGAUUUAGUGGAUAUGCAACAUGCAUCUAUUGAUAAACAUAAAGCAUGUUUUUGGAAUUAUUCUGCACCUUCAAGUGCCGCUGCCCUGGGUACCGGAGGAGUUUCGGUUUAUGGGAUUAAUCGAGAGCAUCACAAAAUUCCGUGCUGCGUUUGGGUUUUUAUCAUUUUGAAGGUGUCACCAAAAGAAAAAUGAAAACAAAUCAAUGUCUGUUUGUGCCAUAUGCACGACUGACCUAGCCUGGCAAGCCAUCCUAUAUUAGUGAAUAUAUAUUCUGGCCAUGACCCAUAGAUAGAUCUCAGUUGUAGGGCAGAAACUAUGGUUGUUUUUCAACCUGUUUCUGCAAGAUCUUGGAUAAUGAACGAAAUAACAUACUCACCGAUACGUAUGUUAGUCAACGGGGCAGUCUGCCAUACACUGUUGAAGAAGACACAAAUACAUCCUUUUUCUAAAUAAAUACUUAAGUACCUCUAUAUGCUCUUGCCUCACAGUGAAGCUGAAGUCUAUAGUCCGAAUUUGAUGUCAAAGCUGUUUCAAACACGCCGUUGUCAUCUUAGUUUCGCUCAGUCGCAUCACAAAACCGACAGAGCGUUGGGAUUGGCAAGCCACAAAACUGGUCUGGGCUGCAAUGCAUGCAUUACAAAAUCAUUUUGCCUCUACCACUUUCUGUUUAGAUCUCUACGCUUUGACUGACCAAUAUUUUAAAAAAUCUUCAAAGAUAAAAGGGCAAAAACCACAGAAUCAUUUGUUGAGAGCGUGUAAUUCUGCAAACAAAUAAUCCUCUGGCGUUAUGAGUAGCAAAGUACCAACUGGUAUUGGGCUGCAUGGUGGCGCAGUUGUUAGCAUGGUCGUCUCGCAGCACGAAGGUUGCAGGUUCGAAACUCUGCUGCGGCCUUUCUGUGUGGAGUUGCGUGUUCUCCCCAUGCAUGAGUGGGUUUCCUCCGGGUACUCCGGUUUCCCCCACAGAUCACAACAUGCCCUACAGGUUAUAAAUUGUAAGUCGUUUUGGAUAAAAGCGUCUGCCAAAUAAAUAAACAUAAACAUACUUUAAACUACAUUGUUGUGUUAAUUAGCCUCAGUGCUUAAGGGAUAGCUACUACUGUUGUGAUUGCUCAAUUAAAGAUGCAGCUCCAACAUGUAUGUGAAACUGUCACUCCAAAAGCUCUAAGCAAAACAAAAGUAUGCAUUUGAAUAAAAGUCCAAACAUGUACCUGUUUUAUCUCAGAGAAUCGGCAUCAAAGAGGGGAGCAAAAGCAGCAAAGCAAGAAGAAAUCCUAGCCUGCGUUCUGGUAAACCCCUGGAGUGUUGCUUGCUUGGAGAUGGAUGAUCCUUUUUGUUGCACCAUCCCUCUUGUUUGUUUCAGAGCCACAAGAAAGUAAGACGUGAGAAAGCCAUCUAUUGUGUUAUUAAUGUUUAAUCAUUUUGUUAGAGGCUUGGGUUUAUUUCCUCUAUCACUGUAAACUACUUAAAGAUGUUUUUCAGUCUCAGUCUUGGUGUUGUUUCUGGAAAAAACUCCAAAACAGAACCAUCAAAUGUUUUAUAUUCAGAAAUUUAUUUAAAAACAUUUAUUUAUUUUUGUUUGUUUUAUGUCAAAUGAACAACUAACUGGUUGAGUGCAAAAUUAUAUAAAAAAACAAUUAUCAAACAAUCCUAUAAAUAAUUACAUUAUAGCCCAUGUAUUUGGUUCAUCAUUAAUAUAAAUUAAUUGGAGUAGGUUUAAUUAAUUUGUUUAAGUAAUCAACAAUUAUGAAAUAUUAUAAGUUAAUAUUACUAUACAAUAAAUAAAAUCAAAUGUAAAUUUUAUUUUAAUAAUGGUGUUGUGUUUUAUGUAUAUGGAAGGUUUGAUUGAACCUGUUAAACUGUAAAAAUAAGCAAAACAUUUACAUGUGUGGGAAAAUGUGCCUGAAACCCCUAAAACACCUACAACAGUAACCUGAUGGUAAUUACUAACGUGUGUUGGAGUGGAUGUUUGCACUUUCCCACAGAAGAAAUCAAUAGAAAUUGGACAUUUUUACACUUUUAACAUUUUGCACUAUCAGGGGCCUCAGUAGCAUGUGGAAGAUCCAUACGCAGCCACGUGGAUCCUUCCAUAAAGCUUCCACAGAGUAAAACAUCAGUUGUGGUAUCCUUCCUCAUGCUUGGCUACAGAAUUCUGGACAAAUGUCCACAAGUCCUCUGUGAGCAUAACAAAACGUUUUUCCUAGCAAGGUUUCGUCAAGCGAAGCCGACACUGUGACUGGAACACGUGUUUGUAUUUGGAGCUCAAAACCCAGUAAACUUUGCAGGUUUUUGGCAUUUUGUUGGGUUUCUAUCCAUAUGAGACACAUCACACCUUCCAGGGGAGGUGUUUUGGGCAUGCCGUGCUUGCAGAAGCGCCCCAGAUCGACCCAGCACGCGUUGGAGAGAUUAUGCCUCCAUGCUAGUAGAGCUGGGCGGAUCGAUCUAAAAUAUCGUUAGAAUCGAUCUAACGGUGGUAUUGAGUAUUUAUUAGAUACCUGCAUGAUGACAUUGAUUCAGUUUCUUCUAGCCUGUCAAGCCAUGAUGUAAUCACCUCUACAGAUGUCGGUCAACAAGCCUAUGAUCCAUUAGUAGGUAACAACACAGAGAUAUUAAAUGCGACACCACCUGGUAUAAAUAAAAGAGAGACAUAAAUUGGCUAAAUGCUGUUACAGCAAGAUAAUAUCUAGUUUCUUACUCAAAAAGCAUAAAAAACAUUUAAUUAUUCUGAAAGAGUAAUGACCCUAAAAAGGCUAGAAAAAUUAAUAAAUAACAUGUUAGGCUCAUGUAGAGAUAAAGCCAUGCACCCAAAUGUGUUUUUUUGGUUUUGUUUGGUUCAUUUGCUAAUUUAAUUCAAACAGGGAAUCGUUUUCUACAGUGAAACGCUUCAGUGUUCUUUACUUUUUAUGCAUGAUCGAUCUUUCCAUCAGUGAAACAGCUCCUCAAUGAGUGAUUGCCCUAAUUUCCAUGUAAUCGGAGGAUGUGACCACAGGUGUGAUGUCUAAAAGUGUCCUUUAAAAACACACCUCCCUCUGCUCUUCUCCUCCGUAGCGGAAGAGAGGAUGGUGAAAUGAAAUACGAACUGAGUCAGAGUGAAUCACAGACUGACUAAAAUGACUCUUUUCCUGUGAGGCAGGUAAUGUGCAAGGUCGUCAGAGGAAAGGGCAGUAGGCAGGAAUCUUUUGGCAGACAUCUGCGAUGGACGUCACUAAACAGUACCAUGCAUGCACCGGCCCAUCACUUCAGAUCAGCUGUUAUGCAUGAACGCACGCAUUCAUAACCCAGCAACAUUAUUGAUAACGGAUCUGUGGAAUCAAACAAUUAAAAGCAGCUCUCCUUUGGAGCUUUUAGGACAGCUUCAUUUAAAACAGGUGCCAGCGCUGACAGUCGGCUGCAAAGCCUUUCAUUUGGCUUCUUUAUUCCUUUUGUCCAAAGGUGUGUUGAGUCUAUUGGCGUCCUGUUGGGAAAUUAGCCCGAGUGGAUUAUGUGCCAUUUUUGAUGAGUGAAAACUGUAUUCACAAUGAAAGGUUUGUGUUAUAAAAUGUAAUACAUGCCUUUUUGGUGUGUCUGUCUGUCGUGUGAAACUACUAAACUAAGUAAUGAAAAAGGAAGUUAGCUGUAACGAAAUGUCCUGCUUGUUAUGAUUUCUUGGUUAUGAUUCUAAAGGGCUGAGCACUGCCAUGGUGUCAUUCCUGACUGCCAAAAAUAAUGCUGAAAUAGAAUCAUCUCUUUUUAGUGCUUACUUCUAUUAGAAUAAGUUAGGCUUGCUUCAUGUUGAAUAACCAUAUUUCUGAGCUGAAGAGUGGUUGAAAAUCUUGAAAGUGAGCCAGGUUGGGCUAAAGGUUGGCCACCUGACUGGACCCACCUUCCAAAGAUGGUACAAAAGACUUAAUCUGUGAAAUAUCUGUGAAUUUUGUAAAGAAGAUCUAAAAGAUAAAAGCAAUGUUAAAUAACUUCUAUUAAUGUUUUCUACGAAGCCUGUCAAGUGUGCUAUUUAGGAUUUUCUGUUUGUUUAUUUUUUGGUUUUUGGAUUGAAAUCGAAUGACUCAACUUUGAGUACUUAAAGGUUUAAGAACAAGGGAAGCUUAACUUUGUGUACCACAUUAAAGAAAAAAAUAUAUAUUUGCAUGAUUCCUGUAUUUUUAUUUUCUUAAUUUCUUUUUUCUGUUUGAAAUAUAAAAAAUAUAUAUUGUUGUGUACAAAGAGUGAACAAAAAAUGUGAAGACUAAGACGUCAAGUAUCUUAAUUUCAACAUCCAGUUUUUUGCUUUUUUCUUUUUUGCUCUUUUUCUCUGUGUGUGUCUUGCCAAAUGACUCUCAUUUGAGGGAUUUUAAACCAACACUCGAAGCCGCUGACAGGGGGUGGGGGUGUGGAAAGAUAGGGCUAGUAUAUUUUGGUUGCUUAGAUUCAAUCUGCUCAGUGGUUUCCACAGAUUAUUCUCAGUGUCAGAUAUGAGAAUGUCUACUCUUGGCUGGAAGCGUGGCCAUGUCACAGCAGCUCGUUCUCUCUCUCCCGAUUCAGCUUUUUUCCUCCUGAUUAAAAAACAUAUCACAACUUAAGAAGAGAGAGUGUGUGUGUGUGAAUGAUGUGAUGCUCUGAAGCUAAUCUCAAUCCAUCAGUUAGAAGUGAAUUAUUGCAGCAUCAGCAGCUCCUCCCUGAGCUGUGGCGCUCUCGCUGUUAGCUAAAUGAGUGAUUUUUCAUCCCCUUCUUCUGGGUUUAAAUGGAUAGUUGAGAUUUUUAACGUGUUUUUUUUAGUGUGUUGAACCACCUCAGUUUGGAGAAAUAUAGAUUAUUGUUGUUAAUCCUGCAGUAGACGCUGCUGCAGUUAGCCCAUCCAAGUACAGAUUUAUUUUAAAAGAACCAGUUAAAAGGGGGAAAUGGUGAUAGAAUAAAAGUUUGUGAAUGCAAUAAUAAGAACCACCAUAUGAAAUAUUUGUGAUUGUAAUUAUUUUACGAUGUGGGUGCCUGUUCCCAAAAUUUACAAAGGUAAGCUAGUUGGACAGGGCAGAGCAAAAAUGGGGUCCAAGCAUUUUCUUAUAACUAAACUUUCUAACAGGCUACUAAUUAAAUUAAAAAAUCUUUCAGGAAUUUAACAUUUUCUUUGCAUGUAUUUUAUGUCUUUAUUUGAACUGUAUUAGAUAAAGUGAUAAUGUGUAUUUUUUCUGGUGAUAGGGAGCAGUAUUUUUGUGUUGGAGUAAGACCUUACUAACAGAAGCCCAUUAGGGUCAAAACACACUGGGGAGUGCAAACUUCAGCAAAAUAAGGAGCACAUCAGACUCCCUUUCAACAGCGGCAGGAAGUGAAGAGGCAAAUGUGUAAAACAACAAUUAUGAAUGAUGAAAGUUUUGUAACCAUUUGUUAUAAAUCAGUAAAUGUGUUUUGUCCUCUUGGGCUCUCACAGAAGGAAACAUGGUGUCUAAUGUUGCGUCGCCCAGAGGCUUAGGCUACGUUCACACUGCAGGCAAAAGCACAUUAAAUCCGCUUUUUUCCCCACGUGUGACCCAUAUCUGAUUUGUUUUUUAUGACAGUCUGAACGGCACAGAUCUGAUGUUUUUAAAUGCGAUCCGUGUCACGUGAAUAUGUAGUAAUUCCGACACAUAUCUGAUGUUUUUGAAAGCGACUGCAGUCUGAACGGUCAUGGCGCAUUAAAUCCGUCUCUUUAGUCAGCAGAGGUGAGCGUCAUAUGUGGAUGUUCCUGAGGAGAAGCGCUGACAGAAGGGUUCAGGAAUUUGUCUGGAUAUCCUGUUUUAGGUUUUAAAAUUAGAAAUACAGAUGAGCAUGAGUGGGAGGUGCUGCGGGAAGCAUUUCACUUGCCUCCGUCUCCGUGAAGGGAGGAGUGGGAGGGGUCUCCUUGAGAGGGCGAUUCUCCGUGAAUGAAUAAAUGCCGGAAAAUUUUCGGUGAAUAAUAAUUUAGGGAAACGGCGGGAACAAAGAGUAAAAUAGUUUACAGUUUUUAAAACAGUUUCCAGCCAAAAACGGAAGAAUUAACAGGUGAAAGUUUUCACUGACAGUUUAUCCACAGGAUCAGGAUCAUAUUCCUAACUCUGCCGCUCCUGGAUUCGGCUCCACUGAGUGUAACUUCUUGUCUUCUGCACAUGCGGGUCGCUUUGGUGCCGCGGAGCGUUCACACUGGAAAGAGUUUGAUGUCACAUUUCCGUCAUAGUGCGAACGGCCACACACAAAAAAAAAUCUGAUUUUAUCAAAAAAAUUGGAAUUGAGCAUCAAGGCCUGCAGUGUGAACGUGGCCUUUGGCCCGCUCCCUUGUAUUUUAGGCCUGAUUCUCAUGGUUAUAUGUUACAAAGCCGCCAAUAUUUUUCUAAAAUUGGGCAUCAAUUCAUUAAUUUUCAACAACAUUUUGAUGGAUAUUUCCAGAAAGUAAUGGUAAAAACUACACAUUGUCUCUUUAAAGGUACAAUAACUUCAAACAUUACAGUCAAAUAAAUUAUGUCAUGUUAGAAGAAAGGUUGCAUUGAAAAAGUCCUCAUUCGUUUUAAAACAUGGACUGCAGUACCCAAAUUUGGCCACAGGGUGUCACUCGUACUUGGUACCUUUAAAAAUUGGCUGAAAUAAAUGGAUAUUUUCCACCUGCAGUAUUUACAUUCUCCAUCAAGUCACAGACAGGUAUAGGAUAAGCAAAGCAGAUUUGUUGAGUUUUAUACAAAUCAAACAUACGAAGCAGAGCUCAUUGAAAAACAGAAUAGGAACAUUGCAGAUGGGAUUAAAGGAUAGUUGGCAGCCCUUUAUCAAUACUUCCUUCUCAGCCUACAUGAAAGUUUGUAUUUGCAUUCAAACCUAAUAUGUUCCUCGAAACUGAAGUCCUGGAGAAACAUCUAAAAUCACAGUUUUUCGUAACAUGUCCCCCAGAACGCCUCUCGUUCACGCAUGAUCGAUGUCUAACUGACAAAUUAUCGAAUUCAUCUUUUCCGUCAAUGGUUAAUUGGUCUUUUCUCCAACUUUUUCUUUAAUGGUACAGAGUGUGACUCAACCUGACUAACAUAUGAGACAAAGGUGAGCCAUUAGAGACCAAAAUUCAAUACAAGUAGAUAAAAUUAAUUUUGAAGUGAUGCAUUCUAGGAGAAAAGAAGCUGUGACUUGAUUGUAACACCCGGUGUAGCUUAGCUGACGCAAUGAAAGCAAGCCCUACAUUAAAGCCAGGAUUACUUUCUGCUGUAGUAAUACCAGAGGUAUUUGUCUCCCAGACAAAUGCUAAAGAGGCCCCUUUGUAUCAAUUACAGAGAAAAUAAAAUGGAUUGACCUUUAUGGAAAUCCUGGCCAUCAUCUUGUCAGUGUGGCUAAUGGUAAAUCAGCCUGUCUCCAAGCUUAUUUUUGAUUAAGAAAAACUGCUCUGUAAUGAGAUAAGUCAAUUCCUCUUCAUUAGCGCUGGAGGCUAAUCUGUAAUUCAGAGCCUUCGUUUCUCUGACCCCCAGAACCGGGCCAGGGAAACUCGCUCAACGGGUUCCACGUGACACAACCAGAUGCAAUUCAGUGUCAGGGUCUCGUCAUUUAGAUCAAUGUUAAUGCUUUCUGCCCUCGUGGAUAGCGGCGGCCGCAUGCUCAUUGCUAUUCCAAACACACUGCUGAGUUCUGUGGUAGCCUUAGAGCAGGAUGAUUGGCCUUGACAGAGCUAGAGAUUUAAAACUCAGCAGCGUCCGAAAAACAACUGUCACUGUGCUGAAAGAUGGCAUGGGGGGGGGGGGGGGGGUACUCUCAACUUACUGAGGAAAUUAGAUGUCUGUUGCAUUUGCCCGUUAGCAGAAAGUGUCUUGGAGGUUCUGCAGACAAAAGCGUCUAAUGAUCACCUCCGUUUUUAACCAUUAAUGAAAUCACUGCUCAACUGGCAGUAGUUGAUUUGACUUCUGCUGAGUUCUUGAUUCUAAGAUCUCACAAAUGUUCAUCAAACACUGUGAAAUAAAAGCUAAGAUUGUAGAAUACAAAAGUUUUAUAGCUGUAAGUCCAACCCUUGAAAUUUAAUAACAAUACAUUGAACUUAUACAGUGCUUAACACUCAAAGACGCUUUCAUGCACUCUCACAUUCACACACUGCUGGUGAUGGUAAGCUACUUUGUAGCCACAGCUGCCCUGGGGCGGUCUGUCAGGCGAGGCUGCCAUUUGGCGCUGUCGGCCCCUCUCACCUCCAACAACAAAUGUGUUGCCUAAUCACAUUAAUUUGACUGUGGUAAAAACAUUCAAUUAUUUUUCUAAUUUUGUUGGCCUUAGUUAAAAGGCCUGUUUCACAGCAGAAAAUCAGCAGCAAAAGUCCCUCGAUAUUAACAGGUCCUCAGAUCACAACCCAGUACAAUAAAGUAAUCACUGAAAUGGUAUUAGCAAUUUAUCUGAUUACACAGUAGAGAAACAUGACAGACCUUACGUUUUCUUUUCUUUUUAUCAUUCCAGAUAUUUUUCUUUUUGCAGUGAUGUUUGUAACCUUUGGUCUUUAAACGCUGGAGCUGAAAAGCACCACCAUUGUUUCCAACCAAAGUCCUGUAAUUGUGUCCUUUUCAAACCUGAAGGGACUUGCUUCCCUCUGGUUUCAUAACGUUUAGACACCAAAAGGGAAAAAACCAGACGACGGUUGGGACUCACGGACACAAAUCUUGGCUCCUGCUUCUCUCUUUCUUUAUCUGUCGCUAAUUUUGAUGUUUUCUCUUUCGCAAUUUCUGUACAAAAGAUCAAUUUAUAUAUUUACAAUAAAUUUGUUAUAAAAAUAUGAA